GAAAUGACGACUGAGACAGUAAGCGAAUCCCAUACAAAUAGCCUACAAAUCUCCUUCCUCGAAGAGAGAAUACAGUCCCUUCCCGUCUUCCUUCAUCUCUGUCACGCGUUUAGAAGAAGGAAGAAAAAAACUUAGUAGCAGCGAGGGUGUUGGGCUUUUCUCCGAUCUAUCUCUCCAUAGACAUUUUGGGCAGAUUCGCGUUUAGCAUUGACCAGCCUUUGCCGUUCCAAAUACUCUCCAUAGUCGUCUCUUUCUUCUCCCUUUCCAUUUCCCCUUCAAUAAAUGCAUGAUCUACCUCCUGUAUAUCAUUCCCAAGAACCCCAAGAAAAUCACCCAGAAAGUCCCCAUAAAUGAUUCCUACCCGUUUCAGCGCCGCCGUUUUGCUAUUUCUUUCGCUUCUGUUACCGUCCCUUUGCUUGGGCAUCCGGUCGUUUCGGAUUAGAGUGGUCGGCGGGGAUGAUGAGUUCGGAGUACCGUGGCUGCGAUUUGCCGAAGCACCGGACUACCGUAACGGAGCGGACUGCCCCGUGUCGACCGACGGGGAAUUCGGCUCCUCGUGCGACACGUCGCUCGUUCACAUCGCGAUGACUUUGGACUCGGAGUAUCUACGAGGCUCCAUGGCGGCUGUUCACUCGGUUUUGCGGCACGCUUCCUGCCCGGAGCACGUCUUCUUCCACUUCAUUUCGGCCGAGUUCGACCCGGUGAGCCCCCGGGUACUCACCCAACUCGUGCGAUCCACGUUCCCUUCCCUCAAUUUUAAGGUCUACAUAUUCCGCGAGGACGCGGUGAUCAACCUCAUCUCCUCUUCGAUUCGCCAAGCUCUCGAGAACCCGUUGAACUAUGCCAGGAACUACCUGGGCGACAUACUCGAUCGCUGCGUCGAGCGGGUCAUUUACCUUGACUCGGACGUGAUCGUGGUUGACGACAUUCGCAAGCUCUGGGACAUCCCGCUCAGUGGGCACCGAGUCAUCGGUGCGCCCGAGUACUGCCACGCGAACUUCACCAAGUACUUCACCGACUCGUUCUGGUCCGACCCCGUCCUCUCCCGCGUCUUCGCCUCCAGAAAACCGUGCUACUUCAACACGGGCGUGAUGGUCAUGGACCUGGAAAGGUGGAGAGAGGGGAACUACAGGAAGAGAAUCGAGAACUGGAUGGAAUUGCAGAGGAAGAAGAGGAUCUACGAUCUGGGUUCGCUCCCGCCGUUCUUGCUAGUCUUUGGCGGGAACGUGGAGCCCGUUCAUCACAGAUGGAACCAGCACGGUCUCGGCGGCGACAAUGUUAGGGGAAGCUGUCGGCCGCUGCACCCGGGACCGGUCAGUUUGCUGCACUGGAGUGGGAAAGGGAAGCCCUGGGUUCGACUCGAUGCCAAGAAGCCUUGUACGCUUGAUAGUCUUUGGGAGCCGUACGAUCUUUACAGAGCAAACGUUCAGACGUUGGGGUCUUCAUCUCCAACAUCGUCUUCGACCUUGGUUGGGAAUUCGGUUUAUUUCUUAUGACGAUUCUUUGAUGCAUUGUUCAGUUUAAUUCUUUGGUAGCUGUGUACGCUGUACAGAUGGAUGAGGACCUGAGGUUCUGUUGGUUUUCUUUUUUUUUUUUCUUUUUUUAAGUUCUACUUCGAUUUAUUUCUCGAUUUCCAUUUUUUGGAUUCUAAAUUCUUUAGAACGGUAUUGGUGAUUUGAUUUCUUUGUACGUAAAAUGUAAUGGGGAAUUUUAAGGAAAGGAAAAGAACAACUCUGUUUUUUUUUUUUUUUGAAAAUAAACAACUCUGUUGUUCUUUGUUCUUUCAUUCACUCAAGGUUCCAAACUAUUCUAGGGUCCAUAAUUUAUGAUUUUGUGUUAUUUUUUGACUUUGGCCGAUGAGAAUACUGACGGCAUUGUGAUGUGUUUCUGUCAUUUACCUCUCUGUCUCAAGAACCAAAGUUGGUCUAUGGGAAGAAGCAGGUUAUGAUUGAAUUGAUCACAGAUUCACAGGGCUUCAAAGCCAACUACAUGAUGGGUUAGAAAUAAGAAGGGAAUCCAAUGCUAGAUACACAGCCCCUCUUUCCUUAGUAUGUUCAAAUUUAACCACUUUGGAUACCCAGAAAUUAUGGCAUGUGCAUCCUUUGUUUUCUAUUGCCUAUUGGAAGUGUGUUCAAAUUAAAUUCAUAUGGACUGUUUUGUUGUGUGA